AUGAGCACUGCAGAGUUUGAGGUGAGGGCGGUGCCCACUCGACCGAUCGCGGGACAGAAGACGGGCACGUCGGGCCUGAGGAAGAAGGUGAAGGAGUUCUCAUCGGAGCACUACCUCGAGAACUGGGUUCAGUCGCUGUUCCUGGCCCUCCACGAGCUGGGCCACAUCAACGAGAGCACGCCUAACGCCACCCUCGUCGUGGGCGGCGACGGUCGCUACUACAACCGCGAAGCCCUCCAGACCAUCAUCAAGAUCUCUGCGGCUAACGGCGUGGCCAAGCUCAUCAUCGGUCAGAACGGCAUCCUCUCCACUCCCGCCGUGUCUGCCCUCAUCCGCGCUCGCCGCACCAACGGCGGCAUCAUCCUCACCGCCUCGCACAACCCUGGCGGACAGACUGGCGACUUCGGCAUCAAGUUCAACAUCGAGAACGGAGCUCCUGCUCCUGAGAAGAUCACCGACGCCAUCUACACCCACACCACCCGCAUCGGUCAGUACAAGCUGGCCAACAUCCCCGAGGUUGACCUGUCCGCCCUAGGCGAGCACAAGUUCGGCAAGUUCUCGGUGGAGAUCGUGGACUCGGUCGACGACUACUGGCAGCUCAUGAAGAGCAUCUUCCCCAUCGACAGCAUCAAGAAGCUCGUGGCCCGGCCCGAGUUCAAGGUCAGGCUCGAUUCCAUGAACGGAGUGACUGGCGCCUACACCCAGCGGAUCUUCCGCGACGAGCUCGGCAUGAGCGCCGACUCCCUGGUCAACUCUGUGCCCAAGGAGGACUUUGGCGGUGAGCACCCCGACCCCAACCUCACGUAUGCCAAGGCCCUCGUGGACCUCAUGAACACCGGCGAGUACGAGUUCGGCGCCGCCUGGGACGGCGACGGUGAUCGUAACAUGGUUCUGGGCCGCCGCUUCUUCGUCAACCCGUCGGACAGCGUGGCGAUCAUUGCCGCCAACGCCAAGGAGGCCAUUCCCUACUUUGCCGAGGGCCUCGGCGCCGUCGCGCGCUCCAUGCCCACCUCCGCCGCGCUCGACCGCGUGGCCGCCGAGAAGGGCCUCAAGUGCUUCGAGGUGCCCACCGGCUGGAAGUUCUUUUGCAACGUCAUGGACAACCACAAGGGCGUCAUCUGUGGAGAGGAGAGCUUCGGCACCGGCAGCGACCACAUCAGGGAGAAGGACGGCAUCUGGGCCGUGCUGGCUUGGCUCUCGAUCCUGGCGUACAAGAACGCCGGCGUGGCCGAGGGCGGCAAGCUCGUCACGGUGGAGGACAUCGUCAAGGAGCACUGGGCGAAGUACGGCCGCAACUACUUCUCGCGCUACGACUACGAGGAGUGCGACGCCGAGCCCGCCGCCGCGAUGAUGAAGCACGUCGGCGCCCUCAUCGCCAGCGCCUCGGACGAGACCAUCCGCGAUCGCGUCCAGACCCCGCACUACAAGCUCGCCAUGUGCGACGACUUUGAGUACACCGACCCCUUCGACUCCUCCGUCGCCGCCCACCAGGGCUACCGCUUCGUGUACGCCGACGGCUCGAGGAUCAUCUUCCGUCUGAGCGGCACCGGCUCGGUGGGCGCCACGAUCCGACUCUACGUGGAGAAGUACGAGGCCGACGCCGACAAGCAGAGCAUCGACCCGCAGGAUGCGCUCAAGCCGCUGAUCGACCUUGCGCUCAACUUCUCCGAGCUCUCCAAGUACACCGGCAGGCACGAGCCCACCGUCAUCACCUAA